UUAAAAUGUAAAUUUGAUGUUUUAUUUCGAUUGGUAAUAGUAUUUGCUGUUUUGCAAUGUGCGCAUCAAUCAUUCGCUUGACUAUUCUCGCUUUCACUACAAUUGUGAUUGUUGGAACGCAAAAUAUAACUUGGGAUUCCUACAAGUUUGGUUUAACCUGGCCUCCAACCUAUUGUUAUUCAUACAUACGCCCAAUACCUGAUGGAGUUACAUCCUUCACAAUUCAUGGACUAUGGCCUGAAAUUUAUCCAGACAUAAUUCCGAAUUGCACAGCGGAAGAAAAAUUCAAUUUGACACUUCUAAAUCCACUGAGACCAGAAUUAAAUCACAAAUGGCCACAUUUAAAUAAUUUGUCCGCGACAGAAAUUUUUUGGGAACGCGAAUUCGAAAAACAUGGACAGUGUGCAGUUCAAGAUCCUCUAAUAAGAAGUGUAUUUGGUUACUUCAAAACUGCUCUUGAACUUUAUAACAGAACAGAUCUUUUUAGCACACUGAGACGCUACAACAUUGUCCCCAGCAAUCAAACAAUAUAUAAUCGAACAUACCUCCAAAACGUACUGAAGAAAGAAUACGGUUAUCCAGCCUGGUUAUUAUGCAGACGAGGACGCGGGAAAAGUUACAAAAAUUACAGUUUGGAGGAGGUACGCUUUUGCAUGAACAGAUCGUUUGCAUAUAUUAACUGCAGUUCAUAUGGCAUCUGUCCGGAAGAAUUCUAUUUUAAACCAUUCUUCAAUUCAUCUGAACUUAUUAAUGUAACAAGGAGACCAAGAUGGCGACCGACCAAGAAACCAGUUACAAGGCGUACAAGAAUUUGAAUUGUACUAUGCGGUAUUAUUUUUUGUAAGAAAAUAAAAAUAUUUUGAAUAGUCGAUUCAAUAUAGUAGUAAAUAAAGGUGUAAUAUUGUCUUUUA